CCGCCAGCAGACAUGGAAUUCGCCGAGCUGAUCAAGACCCCACGAGCGGACAACGUGGUCCUGCAUCGCCCGUUCUACCUGGCCGUGGAGGGGACCCUGUGUCUGACCGGACAUCACCUCAUCUUCUCUUCACGACGUCAAGAUAACGCCGAGGAGUUGUGGCUCUUGCACUCCAACAUCGAUUCUAUUGAAAAAAGGUUUGUGGGCUCGUUGGGUACCAUCAUUAUCAAAUGCAAAGAUCUGCGCAUUAUCCAGUUGGAUAUACCUGGGAUGGAGGAGUGUUUGAACAUUGCUAGCUCUAUUGAGGCACUUUCCACUUUGGAUUCUGUCACUCUCAUGUAUCCCUUCUUCUACCGGCCCAUGUUUGACAUUGUUGAAGAUGGCUGGCGCUCUUUUCUACCUGACCAAGAAUUUGAGCUCCUCACUUCUGUGACAGACGAAUGGCGUCUGAGCUGCAUCAAUAAGGAAUUCUCUGUCUGUCCCUCCUACCCUCCGGUUGUCAUUGUCCCCAAAGCCAUCGAUGAUGAAGCUCUUCGGAAAGUUGCCAUGUUUCGCCACGGCAGUCGCUUCCCAGUCCUCAGCUAUUAUCAUAAGAAGAACGGGAUGGUCAUGAUGCGAAGUAGCCAGCCUCUUACAGGUACAAAUGGGAGACGGUGUAAAGAAGAUGAGAAGCUUAUUAACGCCACACUACGGCCUGGCAAGCGUGGCUACAUCAUUGAUACCAGGUCCUUGAACGUUGCCCAGCAGGCCAGGGCCAAAGGAGGGGGCUUUGAACAAGAAGCACACUAUCCCCAGUGGAGGAGGAUUCACAAAUGUAUUGAAAGGUUUAAUAUUCUGCAGGAAAGUCUCAUCAAACUUGUGGAAGCUUGUAAUGACCAGUCGCACAAUAUGGACCGCUGGCUCAGUAAACUGGAAGCUUCCAACUGGCUGACUCACAUCAAGGAGAUACUCACUGCAGCUUGUCUAGCUGCUCAGUGUAUCGAUAGGGAAGGUGCAUCAGUGUUAGUCCAUGGGACUGAAGGAACGGAUUCCACACUCCAGGUAACUUCUCUGGCACAGAUUAUCUUGGAUCCAAGGUGCAGGACCAUACGUGGCUUUGAAUCUCUUGUUGUGAGGGAGUGGCUACAGGCUGGUCACCCUUUUCAGCAGCGCUGUGCCCAAUCAGCCUAUUCAAACAGCAAGCAGAAAUGGGAGGCCCCAGUUUUUCUCCUCUUUUUGGACUGUGUGUGGCAAAUCCUUCGUCAGUUCCCUUGCUCUUUUGAAUUCAAUGAACAGUUCCUCAUUAUGCUCUUUGAACAUGCUUACGCUUCACAGUUUGGGACUUUCCUGGGAAACAACGAAAAUGAAAGGUCUAAACUGAAACUGCCACAAAAGACUAUGUCCCUGUGGUCCUGGGUGAACAGGUCUGAAGAGCUGAGCAAAUUCCAAAAUCCUCUUUUUGAGGCCAACAGCCUUGUCAUCUGGCCCUCCGUUGCCCCGCAGAGCCUGCAGCUCUGGGAAGGUGUCUUUCUUCGAUGGAACAGGCCUUCCAAGUUCCUAGAUGAAGCCCAGGAAGAAAUGAUCAACAUUAUAAAAUACAACAAGGAACUUCAGGCCAAGGUUAAUGCCUUGAGGAGGCAGCUAGCAGAGAUGGAAACAAAUGAUAGGAUGCAGGAGAACCUGUGAGCUGGCAGGGCUUUGCCUCAGGUCUUUCCUUUCCAGUCCCCUUUAUGUUAAAAGACUAAACAUGGGAAGUGCAUGUAUUGCAGAGCCCUCUGGGUGCAGCUGACCCUCAGUCCUCCUGCUGCUGAAACCUUCACUUUACACUAUGUACCUCCCUGCUUUUUGGGAGGGAUUUCUGUUUUGUUUACAGAAGACAUACACAACUGGGCA